GUUCGGCACUUUUGAAGUUUUGAACAGUUUUGGCAGUACAAUACGUCAAUGAGAAUUUAAUCACUACGUUCGUGUCUAGAUAUCACAGUAGAAUCGACCAAAUUUUAAUAAAUAAUAUAAACUUUAAAGUAAAAAUAUACCUUCAUAGAAUAAACAAGUGGGUACGAGUAUCUAUCGUAAAUACGAAACACAACACUACUUUGGGUUUUCGAGAAUAAAAAAAAAAUAUUUAACAUAAAAAUUGUCACAUUUGCCUUCCUAAAUUACACUUCAGAUAUUAUUUGAACGUGCUAGUUAAUUAUUUGUUAGAUGUUUACCUCGUCAACGCGGCGGUGGACGUAUAUGCUUGUGCCUGUGUGAAGUUAAAUCGAUAUUGUAUUGGAACAUUAACCUAUUGUCGACAAAUGAAUUUGCACAUUUCGAAUUCUUAAAUGACGUUUCUACUGAUGGGUAUUGGUAGUUGUUAACAUCUAAACCAAAUUGAAGCUUCAGCAUUUGAACUAUGGGGAGGUAUUCAGGAAAGAAAUGUCGUCUCCUGUGCAUGUUAUGCCUAACAGGAGGCUUCUUCUUUGUGGAGCUGAUUGUGGGUUACAUUACCAAUUCAAUGGCCCUUGUAGCUGAUUCAUUUCAUAUGUUGAGUGAUGUAGCAGCACUUAUCAUCGCCUUCUUGUCAGUCAAAAUGUCACCAAAGAAAUGGUCAAAGAACACUUUCGGCUGGGCUCGUGCUGAAGUUUUGGGCGCUCUCGUGAACGCAGUAUUCUUGGUGGCUCUUUGCUUCAGUAUUACAGUUGAGGCCGUUAAGAGGUUUAUAGAGUUCGAAGUCAUACAUAACCCGAAACUCCUUGUCGCUGUCGGCAGUCUAGGUCUACUGUUGAACAUUAUAGGACUUUUUCUGUUUCACGAUCACGGCGGACACGGUCACUCGCACGGUGGAGUUCCACCACCUUCGAAUGUCCGACACCUCACCGAGAUAGUGAACAGCAACGCUGACAGAGCACUCGGUCAUAACUCAACGGACAACGAGGAAACCGAUGAAAUGGUUAAGAAGGCCAAAACGCAGAAUCACAAGAGCUGCAAGAGUUCCAGUGAUCCGGGACAUAUGAAUAUGAAGGGAGUCUUCCUUCACGUACUGUCCGACGCUUUGGGAUCCCUGAUCGUUGUAGGCUCGGCCCUGGUCGUGUGGCUGACGGAGUGGAAGUACAAACACUACAUCGACCCUGCUCUGAGUAUAGUGCUCGUUAUAUUGAUUCUGGCCUCGGUGUGGCCUCUGCUCAGGGAGUCUUCGCUGAUCCUCCUCCAAACUGUGCCCACGCAUAUUCAAGUGGACGCGAUACAAAGGCGACUCAAAAACGUUGAAGGGGUAAUGGCCGUUCACGAGUUUCACGUGUGGCAGCUCGCCGGCGACAGAAUUAUAGCGAGUGCUCAUAUCAGAUGUCGCAACCUGUCUGAAUAUAUGAAGAUAGCCGAGAAAGUCAAAGAAUUCUUUCACAACGAAGGUAUUCACUCUACGACGAUACAGCCGGAAUUCGUUGAAGGACCUCAAGACGAAAAUGAAAAUCAGAGCGGGGCGAUAGAAGCACCGUGCGCUCUUCACUGUCCACCCAAUGACUUGUGCCACAACGCCACGUGUUGCGGUCCCAAUCAGCAGGAGACAUUAACACCGCCUGCGGCAGUCACGCCGUAUAUGUGUAGACAGAGGAACAUGGCGUCUCGAUCGGAGUCCGUCUCCUCAAAUAUCGCCGGCAACGCACCCAAGCCUGGGUGGAACCUGGAAGCCCUCGAAUGCGGUUCCUUGCUACCGUCGCCACUGGACGGUAGGCUGACCGUCUGACACACGGGAGGACCGGCCUUCGUGAAUGAUUACCAUCACAAUUUGUUCACGACGAUAGAACUGUGAACUUUCUAGUUUUUAAAUAUUCCAAUGAACUACCUCUGUGACGAAAAAAUCGUUUUAUUUAGAUCUUGUUCGGGACACUAAAACUAUGACGGAAGCGUAUGUCUGUUUGGUGAUUUGUAACAUAAAAUUAAUAAACUACUUUACCUCGAGUGUUGCCAGUUUAAUGUAUGCUCAAUAUGAUUAAAACCUUUAGAAAGCUUCCUACUUGUGUUCAAAUCAUAUCCAUCGACAACUACCAUUUUGAAAAUAAUAUAAAACGUACAUUAUAAGAUAAUUAAGUACUUAUAAUUAAAAUAAAUGGAUUAAAAGGUACUUUAGGUAAUAUGAAAUAAAUUUAAUGUACAGCUGCAUAUAUUUCUGUUUCGAUUUUCUUUUAAAUAAUAACAGUUCUUAUCCAGUGAAAUUUAAUAAGUUGAGCCUAUGUUAUUUUAUUACGGUACACAUGAUUACUGAAUACAAACUCGCAUAAAUAGAUAGUGUAAGUAUAAAUGCACCAAAUGCAAGAUAACGUUAGUGAAAUGCAAACUAGCGUGAGCAGUGUUGCUAUGAGGGUUUAAAUAAAAUAUCAAAGUGAUAUUAUCUCACUAAUAUGACGCAAUGCACGCCUAUGACGUGUAAUGAUUAUUAAACAUUCUCGGAAAUAGAAAUUCGCCAUCGGCUUUGAAUCGGACUGGUUUACGUAAAGAUCGUGAAACUAAAACAGUUACAGAUAUUUGAUGUAAAGAUAUUCUGAUUAAAUUUUUUUACUAUAGCAAUCCACUUCCUUUGUUUUUCUACAUUUCUAGAAACAACUAGAGUGUUAGAAGUGAAUCAAGUCUUUGUGUCCGGAUUUGACGAUUACAAAUCAUACGAUCUGUUUGUAUUACCCUUAAUAAGUUGUUGGGUAAGUUGCUGACAUGUGAAAUAAUCUAUAAUUGGUGUUUAUAAUCGAAUCGAUUGUGUGCGUCAGUGAGAAAAUAUACUAUAGAAUAAUUAGAUCUAAGAUUAUUUAGAUCGCGUGUUGCUAGUUAAAUCAAUUAGGAUAAUUAAUCUCAUCUUAAUUAGAAUACUGAAAUUUCAUUAAAAUCGAUUUAAUCUAACCAAAGACAUAGAUAAAUAUAUUGUGUGUGUUUCAACUGUUUCCAAAGACAGGCACUGUUGAAUCCUGACACCAAAUCUCAGUUGAAAUGUUUAUUAACGAUUUUUGCACCUAACAGCCGACAGCUAUAUCUACAUAUAUGUAACCCGUGAAAUUCCCAUAACUACUCCCGAACAUAAUUUAGGACACAAGUGUUUGUCUCUUUACCAAACAGAAAAAAAACUUCAGAGGUGUCAAGGGACACCCGGAUGGAACGAAGUUCCUUUCGAUUAAUUAGUGAAGGAAUUGUAAUUUUUUUUAAGUUAUAAUAAUAAAUUACGGCAUUAUGAAGAAGAAAAAAACAAUACUAUGAACUAAAUUACUAUUGUUGAAACGCUAUCUCGAGAAACUGUACUCAUUACGCGGACCAAUCGGAUACGAGCAAUGUCACGCGAUAAGCGCCUACACGUUGAUUGGUCAGAAUGACGGAUCUAAAAAGUGUCGUGACAACUUUUCGUAAGAAUUUUUUCCGUCUAGCCCCCUUUCACAACGCGCGAUAAGGAACUUCGUUCCAAAAAAACAACAGACAUUAUAUAUGAUAUAGAGAAGUUACACACUAGAAAAUGUAUGUACCGUACACAAAUUCUGAUGUUUCAGUAUUCGAAUACCACUGUUGAGAUUUAUAAUGAGAACUAAAUAAUUAAAUAUUUAGAAAUAAAAGUUGUUAUUAAGAAAUUAAUAUAUAAAUAUACGUAUUAUGAAUGUAGGUAUGUAAGUCGAAAAACCAAAACCGAAUCGUUGAUAUAUUGUAAGAUUACGAAUUGUUUUAAACUUUCACGGUUUGUUGUUUGUAUUAAACUUAUCUACUUUAUAAAUAUGUACAUUAACGGACUAUUACUGGAAUGUUUGAGUUUGAGUUUGAGUUAGAGUUCCCGAUAAUUCACCUAUGUAGCAUAACCCUGAUCACGGGUAGAAUUUGAAGAACAGAUAAAUCUGUCUACCCUCUUUUUUGAUCGUUUUUGGGUGUUACCACUGAAGGUCACUGUAUGCACUGUGCGCAUGUCUACCAUAUUGUUUAAGGCUCAAAUAUCGGGUAUCUACUAUAACUACAUUUUUUGUGAGACCCCGUUAAUAAUAGUAUUUGGGAUAUUGUUUGAAAACAUUUUCGUUAGAAAAUCAUUCAUUCAUCGUUCAUCGUUCAUUUUUCUCUAGAGCACGGCUUAUCAACUUAUUCAUAGACUUGAAUAUCAUGUGUAAUCUUUUUUUUUUUUUGUUGUAAAUAUCUUGAACGUGCAGCCACGCUUCUAGAUAGCAUAGAAGUGUAUCGAUUAUUACUAAGAAAACGUUGCUUGUGCAGUUACGAUGGUGUGUGUGUGUGUGUGUGUGGAAUUUUAAUUUUAAUGUUUGUUCUGAUUUGGGAUCAAAUUGGCCAGAUGCCUUCAUCUUUUUGCGAAUAAUAAAAUCACUUUCAGAGCGGAGGUUUUGUCUAAGUUCCAUUGUGUACACACAGAACCCGAGAUCUGUGUGCUUAGGGCGAAUUUUUUAACUUCUCGAUCGCGUUAAAGUUAACUCAAAUUUGUAUGGAGUUGGAAUAGCCCCUCUAUAUUGCCGCUAGGAUCGAGAUCGAGAAGUUAAUCAACUCGCGCUAAGCACACUGGUUAUGUGUGAGCGACACUCAAUUUUCAAUUGGAGCAGCCUUGCCCUAGAGAAUAAUGCCGCAUCGUCACGUAUCGUAACGAUGUAAGUGUGUCAGCAUCGGCGCCGUAAUGUCUAACUGUAAAACAUCGAUCGUGAUUCAUAGAAAAUCGAUAUUAACAAAAUGUUGGUAAACUUCAAGUCUCAAAUAUUUCAAGUGUCACAACUUAGGUGACAGAAUACGGUGAGAGUUUUGGUCACCUGGUGCCAUUUCUAUUCAAAUUAUAAUUCUAUAUCUUCGUUAGUUUUAGUAAAGAUAUGGCAAAGUUAGACAAGACGGCCGCUGUGUUUUUUUUUAAAUUAAACUAAAAAAUGCUUAGACUAAGGAUUAUUAAACACAACACCUGCAUUCUCGAUAAAAUAAUGUUAGUGGAACUGAAGAUUUUUUAUAUAAAUAAAUAUGUACGCAUCGCCGAUGUUGAAUAAAAUAGACGCGAAUGUUAUGAAUAUUUCCCUUUAAGCAUAUAUUCAAAUAGGCAUCAUUAUUAAAGGUCACUGACCCGUUAUAAUUUCUACGUGGAUGACGCAACGACGUAUUAUCGUGAUAAUAUAAUUUGAUAACAAGUAUGUUAAGUGUAUGCUGAUACUGAGCACCCACUCAAGGAAAGUUUAUACAUACUUCAAUUACAAUAUUGAAUGCGUGUCCCUUUUUUGGUUUCUGUUAUUUAUGUCGAAUUCAAACUUUUAGAAGAAAAUCUAAAGACAUUGCAGUAUAGUAGAAUACAAAUAAUCACGAAUAAAGUUUCAAUAAAAUACCAAGGUACCCUUUUUUUCCUUACCUAAGCUGAUAGCUUUGAGAGGCUAUGUCAGCGUAACCUUAACGUGUAGGUGAGCUCUCGGGGCUCAAACCUGGAGGCGUUGCUAAUACUAGCCCUAAGAAGAGCAGUGCUUCGCAGAAUCUACCACCGGAUCGGAAUCGCGACCCACUGAGAAGAUCCGGCGAGAAACUCAGUGGGCAGCAAAAUACCUUAGUAGUAGUAAAACGGUGUGGCGUUUAAGAACGCAAUUUUUUAUGAUGCGUAAGCCGGAACGCACGAGAGGUGGAAAAAAGAAGAUAGUCUGUGACACGAGAUUUUUUACCGCCAAAAAUAUAACGAAAAAAAAAUCUUUUUUUUUGCUUAGAUGUGUAAAACUUAAAACCGUGUAAGCCGCUGCAACAAUAAAACUUCUAUUUUUCGGUUGUGGUGUUAAUAACGAGUGAUCCAAAAACACGAUUUUCACGCGAAAUAAAGAAGGGGCUCGAUUCGGACUCCCUCAUCCUCUUUCUAUGAAUAUAAAUGAAAGUCGUAAUUAGAACUGUUUUUACGGUUAUAAUCUCGCGUUUAUUUCAUUUCCUUUCAUUAUUUCCAAUGCUUGAAAUGAUUUACAGUUUCCGUUGCCUGAACAAUUAAUCGUUUUUUUACUUAAUUUUUUCGCCAAAGUUUUGUACAUGCUUACUUGUAUAGGCUUUUUCAAUUAAAACAGAUUCUAGAAUGGUGGAGAUUGUAGAUGCAGCUCCAUGCCUUACAUAAAUAAGUUCAUUAUGUCAAUGAACAGUCUAGUCGUUGAUAUUUGAAUAUAUGCUUAAAUACAUACAUUGCAGUAUAUUAUUAUUUAUUUAUGUUAAAAAAAAUAGUGCAAUGCUACUGUUGAUUGUAGGAUGACUCUCAUCCGAAUAUGUAUGUGACAUUCGAAGUAUCCCCAAAAAAAUGUACGUUGCAAAUGUACCUACUUUCCAAUGGUUACGAAAAAAAUAAAUUAUUUAAAGUACACAUUACAAAAAUAAAA